AUGGCUGGACAAUUGAAGGACGUCCUCCUCGUGGGGCUUGGCGCUGUUGGCGCCAUUUACUCACUCAUCCUGAAGAGGAGCGGACAGGCUCGUGUGACCGCGGUCGCAAGAAGCAACUACGAAGCUGUCAGCGCGAAGGGGCUCCACAUCAAGAGCAGGAAGUACGGUGAACUGCAAGGGUGGAAGCCUGACAGACUAUUUCCGACGGUCGAACAAGCUCUGGAUAGGCCAUACUCAUAUGUCAUAGUUACAUCGAAAGCAAUUCCGGAACUUGUCCGGACACCAAAGCUCCUCGCACCACUUUUGUCUCCCGCAUACAGCGAUAAGCAUCCCCAACCCACAUAUGUCCUGAUGCAGAAUGGUCUCAACGUUGAAGUUGACUUGUACAACGCGCUGAAGAAAUUGCGCAGCUCCCAGGAACCAAGUAUCAUCAGCACAGUCGUGUGGAUCGGCACCGGCAUGCUGGACAGCACCUCUGUCGAGCAUAAUGAUUUCGCCUGCGGGCGACCCCAGGAUCGGGUAUCACUCGGUGUCUACCGUCCAUCUACAACGACCACAACCAACACCGAAGCCGAGUCUGCCUUGCUUCAAGGCUUUGCAGACAUCCUCUCCGCAGGCGGGAGUGACACAACGAUCGUGACCGAGAUCCAGCGAGCAAAGUUUGCCAAGAACAUGUGGAAUGCAUGUCUCGGCGUCACCGCUGCCCUUGCCCACUUUCCUCUGCAAGCAAUCUUCCGUCCAUCGCAUCUAGAGCCUGGCGCUUCUGCGCAGCACCCAUCCGAGUCCACAGCGGAGACGUACACCGCGCCCCAAUCAUUGCCCAGUCCCUCUGCACAGGUCACAGCCUCGAUCUCAAGCGCGUCCCCGGCAAUCAGCGCCAACACGAUCCCUUUCCUAUACGAUGCAAUGACAGAAAUGUCUACGCUCGGGCUGAAGCUCUUCCCACCGUCUGAGUCGGACCCAGGGCUCGACCCGGACGUCGCGUUGAAGACACUCACGAAUACAUCGCGGCUGAAUUCGCUCCCAGAGUCCAAUCAUCGUGCAAGCACACUCGUGGAUGUCGAGAACGGCCGCCCAACAGAAGUAGAGGUCAUUCUUGGAGAACUGGUGCGGAUGGGCCGACGCGAGGGCGUGCCGAUGCCUCGGAUCGAGACCUUGUAUGCGUUGAUGCUUAUUAUCCAGAACCAGCUAUUGCGUGAGUAUAGUAAGCAUUGA